AUGUCGUCCGCUGCGAACCAGUACAUUCGUGAAGUCUUGCACUCAUCCGAAGCGCCUCCCGCGGUACCUGUGCGGUACUUUUAUACCUCGCCCCUCGCCAUCGAUGAUCCGCUCUCGCCCCUGCCGCCACCUACAACGGCCUCGUCGACCGCGCGGAGGCAGCCACCGAGGCCUUUCUCAGAGUACGACAAUGAGGCGAUCAACGAGACAUGGCUUGAUCUACGGAAGAAGAUUCUGAAGCAUAAUGAAGAGCUUGGCGAGAAGAGGAGGAGCAUGGAAGGGCCACCAACACCUACGGCGGGCACGCCUACAUACCCCGCGGUUAUGCGGUUGAAGCGCAAACGGGGCGGAAGCGCAUCUGGGGAAGAAAGGUUGGGGUCGUCACAUGUGAAAGACAUACCGAGCGCAAGGUCGUCGAGCAUGGGCAGAUACUCGCGCUCCUUGGACGUGGGAGAAGGCAGCAGCCCGAGCUCUAGCAGCGGACCGCAGCCGACUACCCUAACCGGCUCGAUACGAGCGCUGGCACUCGAUCCUGCUGAGGGUUCACCGCGGCCAGAGAAUGCUAUGACUGGCAUGCCAUUCUCUAGACUGCCUUCACGAGGCAAUACGCCGAGUCAACGGUUGGCUGGCUCGCUAGAAGAGCGCAGACCGCCGGCGCCGCAGGUGACGGAUAGUUACAAGUGGGAUGAGGACAUGGAAACUGCUCUGCCUGGAAUCAAGGACAAGGGAACGAGCCGGAGGCCGCAGAAACCGAAUUCAGGCCCAUCGGCAAAGGUACCCGUAGGAGUGUCACGGCUGCAUCAUGUUGCUAUGGAUGCCGAGUCGAUACGGAUGGAGCCCACUUACUGGGCGCCGGUCAACGAUGUGGCCAAGGUACUGCGAGGGACAUGGUUCUACAAGGAUACGAUGAUGCCGGUAGAAGUGGAUGUUGCAAACAUGCUGGAAGCUGGUUACUUGGAGAUGAAGCCAUGGACGGAGACGUGGACAGACGAACUAAACAGUGCUGUUGAGGUCGGCGCGUUGGGCGAGAUGAAGAUAUUGCAAAAGCUAUGGCCCGCGAAGCCAAACCAAGUGGACAGUCGACCGUCCACGUCUAAUCAGAUGUUGCCCACGCCAGGUCUAGUCCAGAGUACUAUGCCCGAAGAGCCUUUGGAUUCCGAGAAGGAGCGCCGCACGAUCCUGGAACAUGUAUGCGACAUGAUCGAUAUUUCCACAGGACCCGAAGGACCAGACAAUAAGGCGGCAGGUGAUACUGAGUACGGUCACGGUGGGCGCAAGAACCUAUACCGCUCUGCUGGUGUGCUAUACGCUUCCGAUAAAGAGGCAUAUAUCUUGAAGCCAGCGCUGCAACCUUCCGACUACUAUGGCCGACGACCGCUGGCGAACUACAUCCGUAAGGGGAGACCUAUUGGUAUUCCUGUGGUACGCGGAUUCGACCAGGCUGCAUGGGACAAAUUGUACCCGCCUAAGAGAACGGCAACAGCCCAGAUGGCUAAGCAUGGUGUGUCAAGCUCUCAGGCUGGAGCUCCGCCCUUCCAACGGCAAAGAUCCGACCCAGCUCUCGCGCUAUCAGACCGACCACAGGUUACCGAUCUUGUGCUCGUCAUCCACGGUAUUGGGCAGAAGCUGUCCGAACGGAUGGAGACAUUUCACUUUACGCACGCGAUAAAUGCAUUACGCAGGGAGGUAAAUGUCGAGCUAGGGGACAACGACGUCAAGCGGCAUCUUCGAAGAGAUAUGGGCGGAAUCAUGGUGUUACCGGUCAAUUGGCGUCUCCGCAUCUCUCUCGAGGCCGAAGCGACUGGUCCUACCGAAGUCGAAACCCCCGCCGUCAACAAAUACAGCCUCAAGGACAUCACCCCUAAUACGCUUCCUUCAAUCCGUGGCAUUAUCUCCGACGUCAUGCUUGAUGUGCCAUACUAUUUAUCUCAGGAACACCACCCUAAGAUGGUCUCCGCCUGCAUUCAAGAAGCGAACCGCAUCUACCGCCUUUGGUGCGAGAACAACCCUGGCUUCUCCGAAUGGGGACGCGUCCAUAUCGUUGCGCACUCUCUCGGUUCCGUUAUGGCCAUGGAUAUUCUCUCCGACCAGCCCACUGCCGUAGAUCCGCGUUUCGCCGACCCUGCAUGCCCCGAGUCGGACAUACCCAAGGACCAAUUCAUCUUCAACACAACCAACCUAUUCGUCUGCGGUAGCCCGGUAGGAUUCUUCCUCCUCCUCCGCAACGCGACGCUCCUCCCUCGCGUCGACAAAGAGAAGCCCGGCGCAGACUCCUACGCCACCCCCGGCGUCGCGGGCACCCAAGGCACCUACGGCUGCAUCGCCGUCGACAACAUCUACAACAUCGUCAACGGCUACGACCCCGUCGCCUACACGCUCAACGCCGCCGUCGACGCCGCUUACGCCUCCACCCUCAAACCCGCCAUCAUCCCCUCCGCCACAUCCUCCCUCUUCUCCUUCUCCAACCCUUUCCGCGCUGCCCCCUCCACCAGGAACCACGAGCUCGACCGCCCCUCUACAAUCCGUCUCCCGUCUAAUGUCGAGCUUGAAACGCACGACUUCAGCAGGGAAGAAAUUGCUGAGAAGCGCGCUUAUUUACUCAAUGACAAUGGGCAGAUUGACUUUUAUCUUAAGUACGGUGGGGGCGCGUUGUCAAUUGAAUAUAUCACUAUGCUAGGUGCGCACAGUAGUUAUUGGGUGCAUAGGGAUUUUGUGCGGUUUGUGGUUUGUGAGGUUGGGAGGGGGAGGAGGCAGGGGACGUUGAGGGGUUUGAGGGCGGUGAAGAGGAAGGGGGGGGGUGCGGUGUGA